ACGUUUGAUGGCGCAUGACCUGGGUCACCAGGCAAUGGUCUAGCCGGAUUCUCGCCAAGGGAGCGGUCAGUUUGACGCACUUCUCCUAUGGAUAACGAUCUAUGACUGUCUAUAUCCUCCACCAAUGGCUUUACCUUCGCCGCACGUCGUUUCUCUUUCCCAACCUCCUCGUUCCCCUCUCCCGAGAUCUCUCCGCCACCACAAUCUCCUGUGCUCUCCACAUAGGUUCUCCACAUCCAUAUCCGAGUCCGAACCCAACCUGCGCAUAUAUACCCCACGGGGACCCACCCUCGGGACCUGAUUAGCUUGCCUACAAUGAGUGCUCCUCCAGACCCCUUCGCCUCGCCCUCCAGCAGCCCGUCGCUCAGCCCGACGCGCUCCCGUCGACUCUCCGCCAGGAGAGGCUCCAUGACAGCUGCCGAUCCCUGGGGCACCCACACUAGCAUCAACGAUGACCCAAACAGAGCUACCUCGAGCAGACUCACCAUCGUGCGCGUGCCUCCCCCCGCCGAGGAAGACGCCAGCCAGAAGAAACACAGGCGCCAUGGCAGCAAUACAUCCAUUGGUUCUACUCCUUCUGGGAGGGGCGAGGGCCAGCGUGUGAGCUUCGCCUUCACGUCCUUCUCGCAGCCAUCGCCCAACGCGACUCCGCAUGCCAAUAGUCCAACCUCGUCUCCCCGCAUCCGCCCACAGUCGCCAACCCUUGGUCAUCGCUACUCCGGCUCGUUUCUCAAUCUGAGCAAGCUGUCUCCGGAGCAGCUCUUGGACAUUGCUCAUCAGUCGUGCAAUCCGCGACCAAGCGUCGGUAGCGGGGGUAGCCCUGUGCCUCCCUCGCCUGUAUCCUUCACACCACUCCCGGACAACAUCAUCCUUCCUUUCAUUGACCGACCGAGUGAAGUCACUCAACUCAUCACCAUUCCUCCCAAUUCAAGACUCUUCGCGCUUCUCGCUCAAACGUUCCCUGCUGAAGCGAGGACGCCCACCGGCAAAGAGUCUGCUGAUAGUCUCUUGUCCCGGGACCCGAAGCAAUGGACCUUCGCGGAGCUUGAGUACUGGAUGAAGAAUGUCGACCGGGACGUGGCUGAUGACGUGUUGUGGGUCGGGAAAGCGCGAACCUGCAUCAUGGCCAAGAGCGAGUUGAUUUGGGAGCGCAUUAAAGGUGCUCUAGGCGUACCGCCAGAGCUGGACGUUGAUGAAGAGAUUCCUUCCAUGAAUGAGCCAGGAUACCUAUCCACGCCUUUGACGCCCGAGAGCGAACGGUAUCCUGCCGUAUUCGAACCCCCCAGCCCGUUGCUUGCUGUCAAUCCCGCUCUCUCUCCGAGCCCGGAACGCCAAGACAUUGUCAUCGAGCCUGUUGUCGCCACCAACGCGAAUGUGACCCGCCCGCCGCCUUCGUCCACGCUCGACGUGUCUGCUUCACACGAGUUGCACGACGUCCGGGAGGAAGACGAGGAGGAAGCAGAAGGCGGCAGCUCGAGUGAUAUCGGCCACAAUGAGCAGCGCGAGAUACAAGGCUUGAGGAUCGUCACCAGUCCUAUAUCCCUGCGCUCGCAGAACUAUGGGCCGAGCCCUAGCGGCUCGCCUGCGUUUGUGCCCCUCGGCAGUCCAGCGUCCCCCAGUCCAAUGACUGUUCCGCGCUCGAUGAGAGGUGUCUCACAGGACGGGGACACCCCGUAUGAUGCGCUCCAGGAACGCGGACCUGGACAUCCGCUCUUCCCGAGCAGCUUUGCACAGUUGUCCAUACAACCUACUUUGCGCAACAACAUACAUUCUCGAGCACAGAGCAUGUGGAACCCGCCAGCUCCGGCGUUCAGCAAUCCAAAUGUAAUCCGCAUGGGUGUGCAGCGCGCUGCCAGUAGCAGCGGCCGCCCUUUCAGGCCGGAUUGGGCACAAGGAUAUGACCCGGCACGUCACGAGUACGCUGUUGCGUCGAGCGCGGAUAGCGUCAGUGCGAUGGAUUGAGUAGGAUUUUGUCUCGUCAUGAUUGGGAGGAUGGUCUUUGCAUGAGUGUGGUUCCCGGUUUGGGUUCUGCGUGAUGCCAUUUCAUGAACAUCAUGAACAUGUUUCUUCAUACAUAAAUAGUUCAUAGGCUCUUGUGCGUCAUGUCGACAUUACGUUUGCGCUUUUCAGCAAAUGUCUCUGUGUGCCUUGUAUUUAUUCGCUGUGAAUAUCGAAAGUGAUGUCGUCGUCGUCGUGCAAG